AUUGCAGGCGCAGCCAUAUUGCGCAAUACAUAUUUAAGACUGGCAAGUGAGAACAAAAGGGAUAAGGAGAGGUCGAAUUAAAACAUUAGUACUGCCUGGUGAUAAUAGAAUCUUGGCAUGAAGCACAGGAUGAUGGAUACAGCUAUAAUUAAUUGGCUUCCUGUGAAAACUGCCUUGGUUGGAAUCAUAGUAUUUCUGUUGGUGAUGUCAUAUCUACAGCGGAAGCAGUACAAAAUGCCGCCAGGACCUCCUCAUCUGCCGAUACUGGGGCACUACUUUGCUUUCAGAAACGAUGGUCGACUGUACGCCGUCUUCAAUAAGCUCGGGAAGUCCUUUGAUGACAUUUUUACGGUUAAUUUAGGAUUUGGGCGCUCGUUAGUUGUUUUAAAAUCUGCGGAGAUUGUUCAUGAGGCCUUGGUUGAGAAGAAAGAGAUAUUUGCGGGGAGAGAUGAUGAGAGCUGGAAGUUUGAGCUUCUCACUGACGGGUUCAAAGAUUUAACUUUCGCCAGCUAUGGUCCAGUUUGGAGACUGCAGAGACAGAUGACUCUGAGGGCUCUCGGGAGCUACCUGGCGAGUGAUAAACUGGAAACAUACACGAGGUCUGCUUUUGAGGAAGUCGCCGCCUUGAUUGAAAAGGAGGCCGAGCCGUUUGAAUUAGACCUUUACAUCCGGUUACUUGUCUUUAACAUCGUCUGCAGGAUGUCGUUUGGAAAAAGGUGUAUAACUGUUGAAAUUAUAAGCUACGCAAUUGACGGUCUGGAAUUCACCUGGUUAAAGAACAAAAUUGGCGAAUUUAAUGAAAAGGUCUUGGGAGGACUAAUCCCCUCUGACGUCAUCCCUGUCUUGAAACAUUUUCCUAUCCCAUCAUCCCUCACGGCAAAGCGACUUUCGAAGGAACUGGAUGGCUUCUUCAAAGUUAAACUGGAAGAACACAAGGCAACUUUAAACACGGGUGACGCAAGAGACAUAAUGGACCAAUUUUUGCUACUGAAGGAGGAGCUGACACCUGAAAGCGAUGACAACGCCAAGGAGGCGCUUUCUGACACUAGAAUCAUGCUCACCUUAUUGGACAUAAAUUUUGCUGCAACCGUGACUACAUCCGACACGUUGAAUUGGAUGGUAAUGUACGUAGCAGAUAAUCCAAAAGUCCAGACAAAGAUUCACAAGGAGUUAGACGACUUAGAAAACAAUUUGGGCGAUCUCCGUCACUGCAGAACUAAGAUGACUUACUGCGAAGCUGUUCUAAGAGAAGUAAUGCGCAUACGCCCUGGGGCCCCAGUUGCUUUAAGACAUAAAACACGCUGUGAUACCAAAUUAGGUGGAUACGAUAUCCCAAAAGACACUCUUGUCUAUCCCAACAUAUGGGCAAUCCACCAUGACCCGAAAAACUGGGAAUCGCCGGAGACGUUCAUGCCAGAGAGGUUUUUAGACAAAGAUGGCAGCUUGAAAAAAUUGGAUAAAAAGACAUGGCUGCCGUUCGGCCGUGGCAAGAGGAAAUGUGUGGGAGAAGCACUUGCUAGGGCAGAAAUCGGGAUGAUUAUGGCAUUGUUUUUUCGUCGGUUUAGUGUUAGCUUUCCACCAGAUGUGCAACCUGACUUCGAGCCUAUGAUGUUUGAAAUACAUGACACUCCCUUUCCUCAAAAGAUAAUUGUACAAAAAAGAGAAUGACAAUUUACAUGAAAGUGUUUUUAAAUGACUCAAGCAAUAUUUGGACUGGUAUUCAAAUAUAAUUCGUGGAUCAAGAGGCGUAGAUGCCCGCAUUAAACAAAGCAUUGUUUACCUUUCGGAAGUAGGCAGACCAUAACAGAAUGUUGUAGAAAUGAAAAGAAAACAAAUUCAAUAAUUAUACAUGUAUAGUUAUAUUUGCAUAGCAUUAAGCACUGUUGGGUGUAACGAUAUUGAAAUUUUCCGUUAAUGGUACUAUGUUUUAGAUGUUAUACAAGUAGCUCAAAUAUUAAAAUACAAUAAAGCUUUUUUUU